UUUCAAUAAUUGUUUUUGUUGUUUAUCAGACAGCAUUAUUGAAGCGGCAGAGUCGAUACAUUUGUUCAACAGUUCCUGAAAAUGCGGAGAAGGAAGCUCAAAGCUUGUUUGUAACUGAGUGCAUCAAAACCUACAAUUCAGACUGGCAUGUUGUUAACUAUAGAUACGAAGAUUACUCAGGAGAGUUUCGACAGCUUCCAAAUAAAGGGACAAAACCAGAGAAGCUUCCCGUUCAUUUAUAUGAAGUGGAUGAAGAAGCAGAUAAAGAUGAGGAUGCAGCAUCUCUUGGGUCUCAGAAGGGUGGAAUAACAAAACAAGGAUGGCUGUACAAAGGCAACAUGAAUAGUGCAAUCAGUGUGACAAUGAGAUCAUUUAAAAGAAGAUUUUUCCACUUAAUCCAACUUGGUGAUGGAUCCUAUAAUCUCAAUUUCUACAAAGAUGAAAAAAUAUCAAAAGAACCUAAAGGAUCAAUAUUUCUAGAUUCAUGCAUGGGAGUGGUUCAGAACAAUAAAGUCAGACGUUUUGCAUUUGAGCUCAAGAUGCAAGACAAGAGUAGUUACCUUUUAGCUGCAGAUAGUGAGCUUGAAAUGGAAGAAUGGAUAAACACUCUGAACAAAAUCCUUCAGCUUAACUUUGAGGCUGCAAUGCAAGAAAAAAGAAAUGGAGAGUCUCAUGAAGAUGAUGAACAAAGCAAAAUGGAAAGCUCAUCAAGUAGUUUUGAUAACUACUAUCCUGAAAUUGCCAAGAGUACCAGAGAAGCAGAAAUCAAGUUGAAAAGUGAAAGCAGAGUUAAACUUUUUGCCUUGGAUCCAGAUGCACAGAAACUUGACUUUUCUGGUAUUGAACCAGAAGUGAAACCAUUUGAAGAGAAAUUUGGCAAAAAAAUUCUUGUGAAGUGUAAUGAUUUAUCUUUUAAUUUGCAAAGCUGCGUUGCAGAAAAUGAAGAAGGACCAACGACAAAUGUAGAACCUUUCUUUGUCACAUUAUCAUUAUUUGAUAUUAAAAACAAUCGGAAGAUUUCAGCAGAUUUCCAUGUUGAUUUGAACCACGCCUCAGUAAGGCACAUGAUACCCAAUGCAUCUCAACAAAUGAUGAAUGGCAGUGGUGAUAGCUUACACAGAAUUCAAGACAUUCAUGAAACUGUGUUACAAUAUCCAAAGCAGGGAAUAUUCUCAGUUACAUGUCCUCAUGCUGACAUUUUCCUUGUGGCUAGAAUAGAAAAAGUAUUACAGGGAAGUAUUACACAUUGUGCUGAACCAUAUAUGAAAAGUUCAGAUUCUUCAAAGGUUGCACAGAAAGUUUUGAAGAACGCUAAGCAGGCAUGCCAGAGAUUAGGUCAAUAUAGAAUGCCUUUUGCCUGGGCAGCUAGGACGCUGUUUAAAGAUGCCUCAGGAACCCUUGACAAAAAUGCAAGAUUUUCUCCUCUUUUCAGACAAGACAGUAAUAAACUUUCAAAUGAAGACAUGCUGAAAUUAUUAGCAGAUUUCAGGAAACCUGAAAAGAUGGCCAAACUUCCUGUUAUUUUAGGAAACCUGGAUGUUACAAUUGAUAAUGUGUCACCAGAUUUUCCAAAUUAUGUUAACUCAUCAUACAUUCCCAUGAAACAGUUUGAAAACAGUACCAAGACACUAAUAACGUUUGAAAUAGAGGAAUUUGUUCCUUGUAUACCAAAACACACUCAGCCUUUCACUAUCUACAACAAUCAUCUUUAUGUUUAUCCAAAGCACUUGAAAUAUGAUAGUCAAAAGUCUUUUGCAAAGGCUAGAAAUAUUGCAGUAUGCAUUGAGUUCAAGGAUUCUGAUGAAGAGGAUUCUUUGCCUUUAAAGUGUAUCUAUGGUAGGCCAGGUGGACCAGUAUUUACUAGAAGUGCGUUUGCUGCUGUUCUGCAUCACCAUCAAAAUCCAGAGUUUUAUGAUGAGAUUAAAAUAGAAUUGCCCACUCAGUUACAUGAAAAGCACCAUUUGUUGUUCACCUUCUACCAUGUCAGCUGUGAUAAUUCAAGCAAAGGGAGUACCAAGAAGAAAGAUGUUGUUGAAACACAAGUUGGGUAUUCUUGGCUUCCUCUAAUAAAAGAUGGAAGAGUGGUGACCAAUGAGCAACACAUCCCAGUGUCAGCAAAUCUUCCGUCAGGCUAUCUUAGUUAUCAAGAAGUGGGGGUUGGAAAGCAUUCUGGUCCUGAAAUUAAAUGGGUAGAUGGAGGCAAACAGCUGUUAAAAAUAUCCACUCAUCUGGUGUCAACUGUGUAUACGCAGGACCAGCACUUGCAUAAUUUUUUUCAGUACUGUCAGAAAACAGAAUCUGGAGCUCGUGCUCUAGGAACUGAUCUUGUAAAAUAUCUUAAG